AUGGAAAAGUUUUGGAUGAGUAGUUUGUUCAAGAAAGUCAACGACUGGGAUGGUCAGAGCUCAGCAGAGAUGGAAACCAAAGGUUUGAAGCUAUGCGAACGCCCAGCCCUGAAGGCAGGUUUUUACACGACAGCAGCGCUCAGAGGGGAUGUUUCUAGCGCGUUGUGGAAGAAAUGCGAGGGCACCAAAGGUGUAAGGCACACAAAGCUUGUCUCUUCCCUUCUUCCUUACAGCCUACAAACGGAAAGGGAAAGGGUCCGCGCUGUUGACCACAUCCCGCCAGGUUUUAGGUCCGAAGAUGGACCGGGGGAGGUUCACACGGCAAAGCGGAGCGAGGGGAGCUCCGGGGUCGCAGGCUCGGGGCGGCCCCCGGGUCUCAG